CCGAGCACAUGUAGCCGUCGCGUGUUUGUGAUGAUUUCAUGAAUUUCGUCUCCUCGCCAGCGCCGUAGGAUCAUGUCACGUGACCGUUAGUACUUCCUGUUUCUGUUGCAUUACACACACUGCGGUCUGUUUUCGCUACAUCGGGAGGGCGCUCGUGAUUAUAAACGAAAGAAACCAAAAGAAAUAAUAAUAACAGCUCUACGUUUUAAUAUACUUCAACAUCCGCCAUGUCGACGCAACCGGCUCACGGCGCGGCUUUCCAGAGUAAGUUAGCCUCCAUCAUGGAGACGCUCGCUCAAGCGGCCGUGUUGGAGAUCGCGCAGCUGUGGGAGGACGCCUUCGCCCUGGUCCACGCCGAGCUCCGCCGUCGGGAGCGGGAAGUGGAAGCUCUGGAGAGGAAACUCCUGGAGAACCAGCGGCGCGAUUGGAGUGUGUCGCCCGCGGCGCUCCGCUCCUCCGGCGGGGAGCAGCAACACGACCAGCCGCCGCUCACCACCGAUGGUUUAGCCACCGACGGUGUCCCAACAGCUGAACAGAGCGCCACAGAGAAGUCUGACUCCUCGGCCAAUCAGAGAGUGGCACCGCCCCUUCAGGACAACAUGAGCGAGCAGACGCUUGACGACGACGACGGAGCCGACAGGGAUUUCCCCGUCAAGCGAGAGGACGAUGAGAAUGACGUCAUGAUUGUGGAGCACGCGACAGACGCUGAGGGCGCCGCCCCCAUUGACAGGCCUAUGGGUCGCGGCGUGGAAGAGGCCGUCGAGGACCAAGAGAGCCGCAUGUGGUCGUCCGUUUCCGUUGGCGACAGCGACACCGCAGAGGAGGCGGACUACUUCCUGACCACCAAUUCCCAGAAUGUGGAUUCGGAGAUCCUGCUCAUCGAGAAUGCUUUGGACAUCCUGGAUACUUCCUCCGACAGGUUGCUCGCGGACGCCAGACACGCCGCGUCCAGUCACUCGAGGGUUCCCGUGACUUUUGGACAAACUCACCGGCCCGGCCAAUCUGACGAGAGACAGAACUCCUUCCUCUCGGGGAAGUUCAAUCUGGAUAACGGCAUCUUCAUCUUCGACGACCAGAGGUUGGGCAAAAGCGCAGCGGGACGGCGGGUCAAGGAGAAGUGGUUCAUCUGCCCGUUCUGCGGCAAGAGCUUCGACCGCGUCAGCCACCUGGAGAUCCACCAGCGCAUCCACACGGGCGAGAAGCCGUACACGUGCGACAUGUGCGGCAAGUCCUUCUCCCAGAGGAGUAACCUGCGCACGCACCAGCGUACGCACAAGGACGCCUUAGCACCUCAGUGACCCUCCAAGACGAAGGGGAAUGGGAAUUUACAGAAAUACGUGGAUUAUUACAACAAAAUACAUUUUGCCACCGUGCUCCGCCCACACGCAAUGACGAAAACUCAAAUUUAGGGGUCAUCGGUAGAGUAGAAGUUCUUCAAAUUUGGUAACAACUGGAUCAAAAUUCUACUACAGAAGUACCUCGACUUACGAGUGCCCUAAUUAACAAGUUUUUUGAGCUAUGAGGCAUCAGUCGGACGAUUUUUUUUUUUUUGCUUUGACUUGUGAGCAAUGACUUGAGUUAUCAGUAGUGCUGGGCGAUAUGUUCUUGACAUAAUUUUCAAAAUUUGAAAAUUCAGACAAAUUGUUCUGGAGGUGAAUUUCUAUAGGUUGGAAGCUCUGCAAUCAUAGCCAUAAAUGCAGUUUUACUAAUAAUUGUCAUAAUAAUUUCUUCUGGAGUUUCAGUUUUCGGCCUAGGGUUUCUCAUUUUCGUUUUGGUCAAGAAUUUUCAUUUCGGUACAUCAAUAAUUAUAUUUUGAAAUACCUGCAGGGAAAAGUAAUUUAUUUCUUUGUGAUAUUUAUAAUUGUUAAUUAAACCUUCUGCUUUACAAUGUAAACCAAUUUGGUCUGGUCCAGUUUUAUACAUUUACAAACUUUAAUACAAUAAAGAGUCAUAUUGAAUAUCGACAUUAGGGGGGAAAAAAAUUAUAUCAAAUUUAGGCCAUAUUGCCCAGCACUAGUUACAAGUGCGCUUCAGACUCCACUGCUCAAGUGAAGCAAUUAAAAGGGAGUUUGGAAUUUUAAAAAAAAUAUCACAUUUUGUCAUAUUUGCUAAAACAGUCAUUACUUGACAGUAGUACAUGACAAGUAGGGCUACGCACGAAUCAGUGGUGACUCGAUUCGAGUGGGCGUGGAAAUGCGACCUUCGAAUCGGAAUUUUCAGACUCGAAUCAGAACGAAUCUUAUAAUAUAUUCUGACAAGAGCUGCAAUUGCUGCCACGCUGCAUUUACUUAAAAAAAUGUAAAAAAAAUAUGUCGCCAUUUUGACUUACUGCGCAUAGUUUCUGCGCAUGUGCAAAGUUGUAGUUAGUUCUUGCAUUUGGUCGUGGAUCAAGGGACGUUCUCCGUUGCCUUCGUGUAGUCCCAAAGCUAGUUUAUUCUUAGCCAUGUCGCGUGUCUUGUGACGUAAUACGUACGCAACGGCCAAUAAAGGGUCCAUUCAGAAAUAUAUUGGGACGGCGCUCUGCUACACUGGACCAUUUCUGAAGAGUAGAGUUAGGACGUCAGAUUGAAUUUCCCGACGCACCCAAAAUUUUGGGGUCGGUGAAAACAUGUCAGUGAUGUGAGACUUCUUUGUCGUGUCUGAGACGGAUAAAAGUCAAACUAUUUGCAUUCUGCAACAAUGCAGUGCCUCUUGGGGGACAAGUCUACAAAAUGCUUCAAUACAACAAAUUUAAUCCGGCGCUUGUAUAAGGAACAUGAGGAGGAGCACAGCGAGUUGAAGAAAACGCAGCAUGGAAAAAGAAAAGCAAACAGCACCCGCCCGAAUAGCCAUGACAGUGAGAAGAGUUGGCACGUUGAUACUUAAGGAGUUCAUCGUGCUGGCCGACCUUUAAUAUUAUGGAGAACCCCGUAUUCUUCCUCUUAAAUCUCAGUGAUCGGUUUAUUUAAGCUUGCUAACAGGUGAUCAGCCCCAAAAAACCUGAUCGUGCAAAGCCUAUCAAAAAAAAAAAAAACCUGGAAAGUGUCGUCGUUGCAGCGGCGUCCGCUGAGCUCUGCCUAGCAGGCCUGGGCGCGUGCCGCCGGGUGCUGUUUUUAUUCAAUUGUUACUUCUGAAGAGCUGUAAACUGCUUAAGAAGAGGGACGGCGUUCUGUUCCCAUAACUGCGGAGAUACGGCGCAACCGAUCAUGCGUGUGUACAAAGAGAACGCCACAGCUCAGGUUUUUGGAAUGAAACCUGUGCCAAGAAAGACUGCCUGCUGCGGGAGCGGCCGCUCUGCACCCAGGAAAGGAGAAAUAGACGGCACUCGCUCGUCCACGCCACAACACACAAAUGUACUACUGCGUGUGUGUCUAUGUGCGUCUUUUGGUUCAUUUAUUUACAUUUGUUGUUUUAUUUAUAUUUUACAGGGCUUUUUUUUUUUGUUUUUCUUUAUUAAAAACAUAAGCCCCAAAACAUUUUGUUUUUGGGAGGGGCUGGAACGGA